AUGUUUACCACUAAAUUCCCCAGAGGAUUAUCUCUUUGUGAACUACUGUAUCAACCUAUAAGAUGGAAAGUCAGUAAGGGAACACCUGCGAGAAUGACUUUCGAAAUUCGGAUGAAACUUGCAGAGACGGAUGAUCCAUGGUUUCGAACCAGGCUAGUUGAUUCAACUGAAGAGGCGAAACAUAUUAUGAAGAAAUCAGCAGAGUUUUCUAAAGACGAUGUUAUUACGGUUCCUCUCGAAGAUGAUUUGACGCCAAUAAAUGGAGUCCCAAAAGAACAUCAAUCUGAAAGGCGUGUUAGAAUUUUCAUCCCAGCUAAACCUGCUACUCAAUCAGGUACUCAUGGCACUCGACUUUGGCGUAUUGAGUUCGACAAUCGCGAACGCUGGGAAAAUCCACUGAUGGGUUGGGCGAGCAGUGGUGACCCACUUUCAACUACAGUUGUUGAAUUUGAAACUUCUGAAGCGGCGGAAGAGUUUUGCAAACGUCAGGGAUGGCCAUGUUACGUAGAAAGUCCAAAUAUUUUAAAAAUGAAUGUCAAGUCAUAUGGAUCCAAUUUUUCAUGGAACAAACGAACACGGGUUGGAUCGAAAUAAUGUUAUCAGAUUGCUCACAUUUUUCUUAUUGCUAACUUAAUUUAGCAGCUACUUCAGUUGUGACCUAUUUUAUUUUGCUUGCUAAUAAAUAUUGUAGAAAUAUAAAUUAAGUAUAUAUUGUUUACUUUUUGUUAUUUCAUAGCAAAAAGUUUCGUUUGUACUUUCUAUUUCUCCGCUAAUUUUGAGUAAAACACUUGAGUCGACUCCAAAGUUGUCUUAUCCUUUUAAUGGGAUUUUUUGACAACUUCGCUUGGACAGUGGUUUGUGAGAGUAGUGGUCACUGUUUAUACUAAUUUCGCGUUCAAAAUCUUCCAUAGGUCAUUGUAAUUCGUAUCAUCAUUGUUCAACUGGAACUGAGAGUGUAUUUCACUGUCAGCCCUAUACUUGGACUCCUGAUAGAGAAGCCCUACUCACUGCCUUUCGUGCGGGGGUGUUGUUUACGAAAUUG